GGGAAGUCUGAAAACAAUGUACCGUAGCUUCAUCGAAAAGUAAAAAAACAAAAUGUAGAUAAAUUGUGAGUUAAUGUUUUAGAAUUUGAAACGCUCGUCCAAUCGUCCAAGCUGCAUUGAAAAAAAAAUCAUGUGAACGUUUUGCCGGCUUAAACUUUAGGAAAACGUAGUUUAACGUACGCAAACAAUAGCUGGAUUUCUGCAGCUUGCAAGUCGCCGUUAGCUCUGCUUGCUAACGUGAGCCAGAGCCACGUAGUUUAUUACACGCUUCUCGGAAGAUGUUCACAGUUUAGAUAAAUUAAAAAACAAGUAUCGCUGGCCAUGGAUCGACACACGAGGAGACUGACGAGUCAGCUGUGUAAAGCGGUGAAUGAAGGAGAUCCCAGAUCUGUGCAGCAACUUCUUUUACAAGGCGCAAACCCCAAUCUGGUGGGUACCAAAGGGGUAGCUGCUGUACACUUAUCUGUUGGCAAAGAAACUGAGAAGAACAUAAGAUGCUUGAAAACCUUGCUGCAAUGUGGAGCUGACCCCAAUAUAAGGUCAUCAGAAGGCCUCACUCCUCUUCAUGUUGCUGCACUGUGGGGAUGUUAUCAAAAUCUCAAGCUGCUCUUGAUGAACGGAGGGAAUCCAUAUAUCAAAGAUAAUGAAGGAAACACUCCACAGCAGCUUGCAGAGCAACAGGAAAAUCGAAAAUGUGCCCAUCUCCUUCAGGAAUACCAGGCUGGCCCAACAGACACUGAGGAGGAUGACAUACCUCAGUUCCAAUACUCUCUGUAUUCCGACCAGACAGACAUGUCCAGCUAUCCUGAAUCGGACUACAGCUUCAGUUCCCACACAUCCAUGAUGAGUGACUUUGGUGAAGCCCCACUGAGCAGCACAAGGCGCUCAUCAUUUUUUAACCUGUCUAACAUUAAUGGACGACUAAGUUGCAGAAGUGUAUCACAUCACAGACCAUCUUAUCCUUCCAUACUUUCAAGCACUCGCAUGUCUGCGGUGGAGCCUGCAGCUGCAGUAUCGAAUCUUAAAGAAGGUGGCAUUUGUACCGAUGAUACCACAUCGAAAGGCGAGGAAUGUACUGCUGCACCUGAUGGCAUAAUCCCUCCUUCCAACGUCCCUGCAGUUUCCUUCAUGCGAGCAAGUCGGAAGAGCGUGAGCUUCAGGGAUGACGUGGAUGAAUAUUACCCUGUUUUCAGCCCCGAAUCUCCCCAACAGAAUCCUGCUGUUGAUGGCUGCCAGCGCAGCUCACAUUUUGACAUAUCUGAGUAUUCUGAUUUCCUGGAUUCAGAACGCAUGGCUACUAUUUUAGACAAGCAGGGCAUUGACGCCACAUCACCGGAUCAUGUCUACAUUUUCUGCAGGGAAAGCAGUGAGAGCACAGAAGAGGACUUGGAGAAAACAGUCCUUGUUCACUGUGUUUUGGAAGAAAGUGAUGAUGAACAGGAAACAGAGCGCGUAAAAGACAGUCAGAGGAACAGUGAUGAAAAGAAAGUACACUGCCAUGCCGCCGGCAGCAGCAGUGGAACUAGUAGUAGCCAGUACAGUAGCUGUGAGAGUGACCAUUACACCAGUGCUCUGGAUGCCUCUGUAAACCCUGAACGUCUUUCACUUAGUGCAGCAGAUGAUGUUUCUGCCAAGACUGCAUUAGACAGAAAGACUCUGAUUUCUACAAAUUCUGAUUGUGAACUUACAAAGAUUCAAAUGGAAGCUAAUACCAAUUCCAAACCUCAAACGGUUGAGCGUUUAUCAGGUAUGCUUAAUAAACUGACCUUGUCUGGAGUAAAAAAUCCAAACAAUGAUAUAGUUCAGGGUUGUGGUGGUAAUGAUGUAGACAGUCCAAGUAAGGGAGAUGUUGUUGAGUCCGCAGCAGUAGAAGAAAAAAGUGCUCAUCCAUUCACACCCAGUCCUUUUGUAACAGGCAGGACACGCUCAAGAAUGAGCCGUUGCUCGCUGAGAACAAGCAGAACCCCUGAGAGCCUCUCCACAUCUUUGUUCGAAGAUACCCUGCCUACACCAGUUCGAAUACGCCGCCAGACUCCCAGAUCUCCAACCAGUGAAGAGUUUUACAACUCACCGCGCUCACCAUCCAGUGCACACUGCUUUUCAGGCAGACCCACAGAAGGACGAUGCUUGUCUGUGGACUGCCAAGAGACACAGUCCAGUACUCUCAGAGGCUCAAGUGUUAGUAACAGCCAAGCUGAUACGCUUCUCCUCUCUACAAGUGUGACAGACUCUGCUGUUCAGUCACAGACUUUGUGUGACACGUUUCUACUCGAGAGCAAUAAUGACAAUUCAGUCAGUGCUUAUGAGAGAAACAUUGCAGAGAUUGCUCUUGCUAUGCGGGAACAGAACUGUAAUCUCACUGAAGACGGGGAAUUUCUGACUGACGAUCUGACAAGUUCAGAUGAGACAACUACAAAGAGAAAUGUAAACGAUACCCCUCACGAGGAGCAGGUAGAAAGCCUAAACAAUGAAGAUGCCUGGAUAACUAGGGACUGUAGCUCUCUGCCAGACUCUGUGUCGUCAUCAUCCACCUCCAGCUAUGGUUCUCCAAGGAGAUCCAAGGAGGACUCUGAUUUUCCCUGCACCCCAGGUACUGGCUGCACACCGAGGUACAGCAUGAGCAGGCUUUCAAGCUGCCGUAGGCCACAGCACCUGGCUAACUUGUCCUACACCCCUGGAGGGCGUCCACACAUUCAGGAUGUGGACGAACCAGUAGAGUACCUGUACACAGAUACCGAACGCGGCCACAAACUGAUUGAGACCCAUGUCCCACCUACAGCAGACACCUCCCUCAGCUCCAGCAUGAGUACUACCAGCAGUGAGGAGACCAUACUUUAUGACUGGCGUACUUUGCAUGCUGACAUGGUGGACAGCAAAGAAAAAGAGAAUCAGAAACCCCAGGUGGUGGUACAGAAGGCGGAAAAUGAGAAGUGUGUGGACAAUAUGUUGCCAGAAAUCAGAGGGUUAACUGACAAGGAGCUCAGAUCGAGGCUGGUGGAGCUGGGGGAAAGUCCAGGCCCCAUCAGCAGUCGUACAAGGCCCACCUACAUGCGAAGACUGUGCCGCCUGGUACAGGAGUCCAACUGCCAGUCACAAUAUCAACAGAAGAAGUUAGAGCAACCACAAGCAGAUGCAGCUUACAGUCCAGAAUUGUGUAGGGUUCUGGAGACCUUUAAUCUUCCCAAUUGUCAGGCUGAUGAGCAGGCUUUGUGCCAGCAGUUUGACCAACCAGAUCAGAACAGGAAGUGGAGAGAGGGCAUCAUCAAGUCCAGUUUCAACUACCUGCUGCUUGAUCCAAGAGUGACAAAAAACCUUCCCUUUCGCAGUCACACCAUGACCCCAAAGGAGUGCUUCCAGACUUUUAUCCAUGCUAUAUUUUAUGUUGGCAAAGGAAAACGCUCCCGUCCCUACAGUCAUCUGUAUGAGGCUUUAGAAUACUUUAAAGGUGACAAAACCUCAAAGAAACUGUGCUCCAAAGUCCAGCACAUCCUUCAGGUGUGGAACACAGGGCAGGGUGUCAUCUCUCUGCAUUGUUUCCAAAAUGUUAUUCCUGUGGAAGCCUACACAAGAGAGGCCUGUAUGGUGGAGGCGAUUGGGUUGAAGAUGCUCACGAAUCAGAAGCGAGGGGAUUUCUAUGGCAUCGUGUCCAACUGGCAGACAAAGAAGAAACGGGAGCUCGGCAUCCACCUGCUGUACCGCGCCAUGCAGAUCUUCCUGGCUGAGGGUGAAAGACAGCUUAGACCAGCUGACAUCAGACAGUAGAGACACCCACCCACCAGAAGGGAAAAUACCACUACUUCAGAAGACAACGCAAUCCUUGCUAGCUGAGAUCUUUUACUUGUAGUUUUUUUUAAAGAGUACUUGAGGAUUUCACUUUGAAAACACACAUUUUGCAUUUAAUUUUUCGGAUCAUGGAGACUGAAGAGCUAUUCUCUUAGCAUACUUUGUUUGGUCUGGCCAGAUGUGGUUAACACGAUGACACAAUAUCAUCACAAAACUUUAAAAAACUCAAGAUUUUAAUAAUAGAAAUCAAGAUCAAGCUAUUUACUACAAACAUUAUUCCCAUUUGGUUACUUUUGUUGACUCUUGUAGAAUAAAUUGGUUAUGACUGCAAAAUUUUCCAAAGAAGCAAGGAGAGCAGUAAACACAGGAACACCUAAUCAGGUUACUAUUUCUGUUUUUAACCCUGGACAACCCAUCGGGUCAAAUUUGGUCAAAACUGGGGUCAAAACUAAAAUAAAAUCUUUUGUCAUUUGUAAAUAUAGUAUUUCAGUUAAAUUGCAUUAAAAAAAGUUGAUGUGGGUACAUUUCUAUCCAGGUGUUUAGAAAAUCAGCAGUAGAGGCAGGAUGCUUUAGCGUUAUGGGUCAGCUAUAGUCAAACAGACAAAUGCUACACUUUAUUGGCAAAACAUUUGAUCUAUUGUGAUUGUUUAUGCAACUUUCUGAUGUUAUGAAAUAGAUGUAUUCACCAUUAAUAAAAAAAGAUAUACAACUUUA